CUAAAAGUAGUGGGAUCUCUGUUUGUUUCCAUGGCCAAAUGUAUGUCGACGUCUAUCACAAUACUGGUGUGUGCUAAGCCGAGGGCACAGCAGGUGGAGCAUAUUUGGCUAUAGUUUGCGCUGAUGAUGCUAACUUUUAGACUAAUGUCAGGAUACAAUCAUAGAUCUAUUCGGUAUCUAUUAGCAGUACUAGCAAGCUCUGGUGGCAGUGUUUGGGUGAGUUUACAGGAACAAGCGCCGAGCAAGAGUGUUACCAUAUGCUCUGUUUUUUGUUUGGGCGAGCCGAUGUCACAGGCAGCAUACUGUACUUGUGUUUAUACCAUUGGCGUUGUCAUAAACAUGUCUGCUGAUGUAAUAAACAUCACCAGGCUAUGGCUUUGUAUUGUUGUGUUUGUUGAAUGUGUGGGGAUUUUAAAGGUUGUAUUUAAUACUGAAGAAAAGAGAGAAAAGGGAAUAGACGAGUUGCGCAGGGGAGUUUUCAAUACGGCCGUCUGUGCAACUUAUCAGAGGCUAGAACCUACCUCCAUAUUGUAGGCUGUAGCGGGGCUCUCGUUAGCGCCUGGCUUGCUGUCGCCUGAUUCUGCUGGCAUGCUGGCGUCAGGGACAGCCGCAGCGGGCGCGCAACAGUAUUCCCUUACGUUGGCCGUAGGCCUAUAUGGUGGGGGCUUGUGUGGUACAUGGAAGCCCUGAAAAGACGUCACGGAGGAAUCACUGGUCAAUAGGCAGAAAUCUAAUCAGUAGAAAUCAGCCAAUUGAAUUUGAUCAGCGCUAAAUCCUGAUCAGCCUCAACCAA